AAACUGUACCGACUCCGACUGACAUUGGAAGACACAGAACCCUAAAUCAUGGUGAAAGUCGUGGUUGGAGAAGAAACUCAGCUUAAAUUGGCCGAAGAUCGCCUCACCCAAUCCGCACUCCCCUCUCAGGUAGGGCUUGUGAUUGGGAAGCUGAGUUCGAGUCUAGAACGAGGGUUCGUCUUCGAUUUGAUUCCCACACCUCCAAACGACGACGGAAAAUCGGCUUGUUCGGUCAUUGAGAGUGUCAGAGAUGACAAGAAAAAAGGAUCGAAAUCCAAAUCUCUGUCCGAAUCUUCGUCUCUGUUUAUCGACCAAGAUUGGGUUGCCGAACACGCUCGUCAGGUCUCGAGAAUGCUAUUGGGUGGCAUGCAAGUGGUUGGCAUCUAUAUAUGGGCCAGUGAGAGCUCUUUCAAGAAUUCUACCAUAACGCUUUGCCAGACUGUAAAGGGUGUUGCAGAAGUGGCAUCUGUGGUGAAGAACGAUUGGGAUGAGGGACUUCUUAUUCACAUUAGUUAUAGCCCAAGAAGAUGGACAUGUCGAAAUUGCACGCUGGCUUCAAAUAUUACAUCAAGUAGCCUACGUCCUUGUGAUUUUAAAAUGGGAAGAGUUUUAACGUCCCUUCAAACAUUUCGAUGCACAUACAAGUUUGAUCUAAGAUUGCCCAUAAUCCAUGAGAAUGUAUCCAAUGUCAGAAAAUUGGCUGAUAUUCUUCGUUUUGGAAUUUCAAGUCAUGCCAAAGAGCUUGAAAGUGCAAAGGCUUUGAUCGAUGGAAAGUUGGUGACACAGGAUGAGCAGUGUGCAUCAGAUGGUUUACAUGAAGUUGAAUUUCUUCUACCUUUCAUGCAAGAUACAUCUCUAGAAGCAUGCAGCCGGAAGGAUGUUAUUGGUGUUCUUGUCUUUAGGGGUUCUGUCUGCUCUUUUGCAUACUUAAAUUCGAAAGAAUCAAUUUCACAAGCUUUGGCUGAUAUGAAGGGAGACAUAAUCAUGAGUCUGCAAUGUAGAUUAGAUAUUCUCCAUGAUGAAGCAGAAAGAGAAAUAGAGUCAUAUGGUAAUGAUGGUGAGGGGGCAAGUCCUGACGCAUCAACAGAGAAGCCCAUUCUCCAGAUGGACCUGCAGUUGUUGAGAAAAACAUGCAGCCUCAGCUUUCCUCGGAGAGUCUUUGUCCCUUGGCUUGCGGGUACCUAUAUAUGUGACUAUUUGCAACCAUCUGAAACACUUGAGGUUCUUAAAGACAAUUGUGUUGAGUUGAUGUCAAUGGAAGCUUCAAUCGAUGAAUCAACAAUCUUGGAGCCAGAAACAGAAGCGCCCACUUCGACUACUUUGGCCACCAAAUCCUUUUGGGAAAUGGCAGUUCCCUUUUCUUCAGCAUCUGUUCCAGACUGUUCAUCCUUAAAGAAUAGCAGAGAUGAUACAUGCCGAGGAAGUCACAGUGAAUCUGAUAAGUCAGUCGGUUUUAACAUCUGGGCUGCUGUUCUGGGUCUAAUCCUCUCAGUUUUAGUGGGAUUGGUGCUUUUUGUUUUCAGGCCCUCAUAGUUUACAAGUGAACUUCACCCAAGAAUCCCGUUCCGGUCUCUUUGGGCACUUCUUCAAGUCUUUUAUGAUUUUCUGAAUGAUUUUUUUAAUUUUUAUUAUAUAUUGAUGUUGCAAGUCCUCGAAAUUUGUGAAGGGGAUAUGUUGACUGUUGACACAUUCUGUAAGUUAUAGGUGUGUUUGGGUAAUGGGGUAGGAUAGGAUAGGAUUUCUUUUUUUAUAUCUUAACCCAUCCAAGUCAAUUCCACUCAUCCACUUUAAACCCCUAACCCAGGUUAUAUCCAAUCCUAAGUUUUGUUUGAGAAACAAAUGU